AUGGAAGAGAAUUCAAUUUCAUCAUCGCCUCCUUUCAGGGGUAACUCUUCGCACAACGCGGCAAUCGAUCGAGAUUACACUUGCGAUGAUACUGGCGUGCUAGAGAUCGUCUACCUGAAGUGUCUCGUCAAAGACUGCAACGCGGCACUGCUUACCAAAAGUGAACUUAACAAACAUCUGCAGGAUGUACACCAAAUGGGCUCCUAUCGUUGCGUCAUCCACGACUGCCUCCAGAAGGCGGUCAGCUUCACCGAGAAGAGCGACUACACCGCCCACUUGGAGCUGGAGCAUAGCGGCAAAGGAGGCGGCGGUGGCAGCUGGGCUGAUAUCAUCAUCUGCGGCCAGUGCUACAAGUACUUCAAGAACGCCGCCGAGGUGGCCAAGCACUACUUCCAGGAGCACGAACUGGGGCACUUUCUCUGCGGCGAAGGCUGUGGCUUUGAGUCCUUCCUCAAUCGUGCCCAG